AGAUGCGUUGAGGUGCUCAGACCUACGCCGAUCCAAGUGAAUAGAGAAAGGGAAGAGAGACAGCGGUGAAAAAAUUAGGCCAUCCGCAUCACUGGGAAUCGGUCUACCUUACACAAUACAAGCACUUGCAAUAACUUUCAAGAUGGAAAAGAAACAGACCAUUAACUUCGGUGCUGGACCUGCAAAACUGCCACAGUCAGUGCUUUUCCAGGCCCAGAAAGAGUUGAUGGAUUAUAACGGAAUUGGCAUCAGUGUUCUUGAAAUGAGUCAUCGGUCAUCAGACUUCAACAAGAUCAUGAACACCACAGAGAACCUAUUACGAGAGCUGCUGAGUAUCCCCGACAACUACAAAGUAAUGUUUCUCCAAGGGGGUGGGUCUGCUCAGUUUAGUGCUGUCCCACUCAACCUGAUUGGUCUAAAACAGGACAGAUGUGCUGAUUACCUGGUGACGGGCACCUGGUCAUCCAAAGCUGCCAAGGAGGCGGAGAAAUACGGGAAAGUCAAUGUGGUCCAUCCCAAACUGGAACGCUACACCAAGAUCCCUGACUCUAGCAGCUGGUCGUUGACCGCGGGGGCUUCCUAUGUGUACUACUGCUGCAAUGAGACAGUGCACGGAGUGGAGUACAACUUCACCCCAGACACACACGGGUCUGUCCUGGUCUCCGACAUGUCCUCCAACUUCCUGUCCCGGCCCGUUGAUGUUUCCAAGUUUGGGUUGAUCUUUGCUGGGGCUCAGAAGAACGUGGGCUGUGCUGGUGUUACCGUGGUGAUUGUGAGAGAGGACCUGAUUGGUUACGCACUGAAGGACUGUCCUAUUGUCCUGGACUACAAGGUGCAGGCUGACAACAAUUCUCUGUACAACACACCACCCUGCUUCAGCAUCUACAUUAUGGGUCUGGUUCUGGAGUGGAUUAAAAACAACGGAGGAGUGGAAGCCAUGGAAACACUCAACAUGAAGAAGUCUAGUAUGAUCUAUGACAUCAUCAACUCCUCAAACGACUUUUACGUGUGUCCGGUGGACAUAGCCUGUCGGAGCCGUAUGAAUGUUCCAUUCCGUGUGGGAAAGAAAGAGGGAGAUGAAGCUCUGGAGAAGAAGUUCCUGGAUGGAGCCUCCAAACUGGGAAUGAUCUCACUGAAAGGACACAGGUCAGUGGGGGGAAUCCGUGCAUCUCUUUACAAUGCUGUGACAGUGGAGGACACUCUGGCGCUGGCCAAUUACAUGAAGGACUUCCUCCAGGAAAACCAAUAGGAACAGGCUUUCCUGCUAUGUUAGUGUGACUUCCACAGCUGGCACCCUGAUAGUUAUUGUAAACAGGGAAUAUGUUGUCAUUUGGGACCAAUAGGUUUUUAAUGUGAACAGGGAAUAUGUUGUCAUUUGGGACCGAUACUUUGGGAGCUGAGCUCAGUAAGCAGAACCAAUCACAAGGUCACAAAUACAUUUUUAGGGAAACAAGCUAAGAACAUUCCCUAUUAUUCAUGAUAGUUUUCUAAUUGACUGUUUCUUAACCGUGGAAUGUCCUGAACAUGACUUCAGGCAACAUGCCGUGGUACCUUCCAGCAUAACACAGUGGACAUAUCUCCCUCCAUCUCUCUGGUCCCCAGGAUGAUGUUAGAAUCGCUUCCCGCUAAUGGGGAUUCAGAUUAACACACUGAACACUGAACUACAUCCUGUUCAGGUUGACCUCAGUCACCUGGAAUCCCUGGCUUUAUCCCAAUCGGUGCCUUAUUCCCUUAUGUAGUACACUAUUUUAGUCCACCCUAUUCCCUCUAGUACACAACGUUAAACCAGAGCUUAGGGGCUCUGUGCUAGGAAUAGUGUAGGAUUUGCGGUGCCCUCCAGCCACAAGAGUCUGAAACUCUGUCCAUGCUGGGCGGGGAGUCGGCUGGGUCGUGGCCUAGACAACCAGGGCAGUUCCUAACCAAUCAGUGACCUUGAUUCCCCACCCAGUCUGUUGGGGCAUUAGUUAGUUCCAUGGUUGAUAUAGAAUUCCCGUGAGGGGCCCAUUUAAACUGCAUGCCUUUAAACUGAAUUCUCUCUGAAGAGCUUGAUAGCAUUUCCAUGCCUUAACAAAACACUGUGAUUCUCUGUGAUUCUCUCUGAGACUCUGAGAUGUUUUUCAUUCCUUUACCACUUUUUAUAUUAUCUAUUUGUUUUGGCACAUCAUCCCGAAUAGAGCUCUGGUCUAAACCUGUGUACUAUAUAGGAAAUAGUGUUUAAUUUGUCUCUAAGUUCUCUUGUCUCUGUGUAGAUUAACUGAAGUGCUUUAUUGUACAGUGCAUACAUCCAUAGUUGGAUCUGUCUAAAGAGUUGUAUUGAAAUGCUAUUAAAGUCUAACCCUUACAUUUUA